AUGGAACUCUCUUUUCCUCUUGGAGUUAGGAAUCAUAGAUCAUUGAUUCUUGUGGUACUAAGCCUGGUAAUUCUCAAUGUGCAUAGCAGUUUCGUGGUCCGAGUCGGUGCUGAGAGCAAGGUUCAUAUAGUGUAUUUGGGUGAGAAGCAGCAUGAUGAUCCAGAGUUUGUCACGGAAUCUCAUCAUCGAAUGUUAUGGUCACUUCUUGGAAGUAAAGAGGAUGCUCAUGAUUCAAUGGUACAUAGUUUCCGACAUGGCUUCUCAGGUUUUGCAGCCAAGCUUACCAAGUCCCAAGCCAAGAAAAUAGCCGAUUUACCUGAAGUUGUUCAUGUCAUACCGGAUAAGUUCUACAAGCCGGCAACAACUCGGACUUGGGACUACUUAGGUCUUUCUGCAGCCAAUCCAAAGAAUCUUCUAAAUGACGCUAAUAUGGGUGAACAGAUUAUCAUUGGUGUUAUGGACACAGGAGUAUGGCCAGAAUCUGAAGUCUUUAACGACAAUGGGAUGGGGCCAGUGCCGAGCCACUGGAAAGGAGGAUGUGAAUCAGGAGAGAAAUUCAACUCUUCUCACUGCAACAGAAAGCUCAUAGGAGCAAAGUACUUCAUCAAUGCCUUUCUUGCGGAGCACGAAAGGUUCAACGCAACAGAAUCACUUGACUUCAUCUCCCCUAGAGCCUAUAGUGGUCACGGAACGCAUGUUGCAACCAUAGCUGGCGGUUCGUACGUGCCCAAUACAAGCUACAAGGGGCUAGCUAGAGGGACUGUGAGAGGUGGUGCACCUCGUGCUCGUAUCGCAGUGUACAAGACUUGUUGGUAUCAUGAUGACCUAGAAGCAAAUAUCUGUUCUUCCGCUGACAUCUUGAAAGCAAUGGACGAGGCGAUUCAUGACGGUGUUGAUGUUAUGUCUCUUUCUUUAGGCUAUGAGCCUCUGUUUCAAGAAACCGAUGUUCGAGAUGGGAUUUCCACUGGUGCAUUCCAUGCAGUCUUGAAUGGUAUCACAGUUGUUUGUGCGGCUGGUAACGCAGGCCCAGCGGCUUAUACCGUCGCAAACUUGGCUCCUUGGAUCAUCACAGUGGCUGCAACUUCUCUAGACCGGUCCUUUGCCACUCCUAUGACACUUGGGAACAAUAAAGUCAUAUUGGGUCAAGCAAUGUACACAGGUCAAGAACUUGGCUUCACUAGCUUGGUUUUUCCAGAGAAUCUAGGGAGUGGUAGCAACGAGGUUAUUUCUAGUACCUGUGAGCUUACUCUCAUCAAUGGUAAUCUUAAAAUGGAAGGGAAAGUUGUGUUGUGUUUCACAACAUCACCUUUCGACACUGCUGUAUCGAGUGCUGCUAGUUAUGUCAAGAGAGCCGGCGGUCUCGGUGUGAUCGUCGCAAGACAUCCAGUCAACAUUCUCCGGCCAUGUCUAGAUGAUUUCCCUUGUGUUGUUGUUGACUACGAGCUCGGGACUGACAUACUUCUUUACAUACGUUCCACUGAAUCUCCUGUUGUAAAGAUACAACCUUCAAGAACACUCAUUGGACAACCAGUUGGUACAAAGGUUGCAGCUUUCUCAUCAAGAGGGCCUAAUCCAAUAUCAGCAGCGAUCCUUAAACCGGAUAUUGCAGCACCUGGAGUGAGCAUAUUAGCUGCUACAACCACCAAUGCUCCUUUCAACGACAGAGGAUUCAUUUUCUUGUCAGGAACAUCAAUGGCGACUCCGACCAUUUCAGGAGUUAUUGCACUUCUCAAAGCUCUUCACCGUGAUUGGUCUCCUGCUGCCUUUAGAUCAGCCAUUGUCACUACAGCUUGGAGAACAGAUCCAUUUGGAGAAGAGAUUUUUGCAGAAGGAUCACCUCGGAAGCUAGCUGAUCCGUUUGACUAUGGUGGAGGUCUUGUGAAUCCAGAGAAAGCAGCAAAGCCAGGUCUUGUCUAUGACAUGGGCCUUGAAGACUAUGUUCUCUACAUGUGCUCUGUUGGUUACAAUGAGUCAUCAAUCUCUCAGCUUGUCGGAAGAAGAACAGUUUGCUCGCAUCCUAGACCUUCUGUUCUUGAUUUCAACUUGCCUUCCAUCACAAUCCCAAACCUUAAAGAAGAAGUUACUCUCACAAGAAUCCUCACUAACGUUGGACCAAUCAACUCGGUCUAUAGAGUAGCCGUUGAGCCACCAUUGGGAGUUCGCGUGACCGUCACGCCAGAGACUUUAGUAUUCGACUCUACAGCCAAAAGGGUCUCUUUUAAAGUGAGGGUCUCGACCAAACACAGAAUCAAUACAGGUUACUACUUUGGAAGCUUGACUUGGAGCGACUCUGUGCAUAAUGUCACCAUUCCUCUGUCUGUGAGAACUCAGAUUCUGCCUUACUUCUACGAUGAGAACUGA